CUCCCCUCCUCACGGAAGCGGGAUCCUCGCCCUCACCCCUCACGUUUUCCACUCCACCUCGCGCCCCGGCAACGGACGCCGACGCGCGGCAGACCCCCUCGCCGCCUUCCGCAGCCUUCCUCCCCUUCCGUUACUACUCGGGAGGCCAAGAAAAGGGGGGCGAGGGCGAGAGGGGCGCCCCGUCGAACCCUAAAUAUCUCCCAUUCUCUCCGCAGGCGGCGUCGUGUGUGGCAGCGGGAUCCGGUGCGCGCGCGCGAGUGGCGGAUUGCUUUGAGACCCUUGCGCCUGGCCGGAGGCAAGGGAGGAGGAGGAAGGGGAGCGGAUUGAGACUUGAGAGCGUGCGGGGAUGGCGGAGGUGUCGUCGGUGCUGGCCGCGGUGGCGGUCGUCGUGCUCGUGGCGCUGGCGGCGCACGAGUGGCUGCGGCGCGCGGAGGCGCGGAGGGAGGAGGUGCGGCGCCUCGCGUGGCUCGCCGCGGAGGAGGUGGAGAUCGCCGAGAGGGAAGAGGCCCACUACUACGGCCAGUACGGCGGGUUCGUGAGGGCGCCCGACCUGGCGGAGGCGCCCCUGCUGUGGGCAGCGCCAGCGGUAGCUCCGGCGCGGGAGGAAGUGGAGGAGGCUGCGGCGGCCUCCCCUCCGGCAGCGGCAGCGGUGGGGAAGGGAUGCUGUGCGGUGUGCGGCAGACCAACGACAUUCCGGUGCAAGCUAUGCAAGAGCGUCAAGUACUGCACCUUCAAAUGCCAGAUAGCUCAUUGGAGAAAAGGUCACAAAGAUGAAUGCCAUCUGCCAGGUGUUGGUGCCAGGCAAGACAAUACAAUAGAAAAUGUGAUGCCUGGAGUAGAGACAGCGGUUAAGGGUGUGCCAUAUGAUAAGGAAUCCAAUACUGCAGAGGCUUCUCAGUUUACUGGGCAGACAGAAUCUGUUGAUUGUUCAAGGCUUUCAAAUUCUAGUAAAGGUUGCAAAGUUCAUGACACUGCUGUUUGUGAAAAUUCUGGGUUGGAAUCUGAACUGGAGCAAUCCAACAAACAAGCUCUUGGUGCAGACAACGUAGAAGGCUCCAGACAUUUACCAUGCAUGCCAACUGUCGACAAAGUUCCUUCCACUCACAGUGGUGCAUAUCUUUUUGCACGUAACCCAUCUAAAAGGGCAGAUAAUCUUCCUGGUCCAUCUGUUAGAUCAGAGAGUGCAGGUGUGAUGCCAUAUAAUCCGUCAACAGAGAAGAAAAAUGCAAGGCAACAAACAGCUCCAAAAGUUGUGAGGCAUUAUUCAUCUGAAUUGACACUUUUUCCAUACAAACAUUUUGUCGACCUCUACAACUUCAAGAAGGUGGAACUGCAACCUUUUGGUCUUCAUAACCUUGGGAAUAGCUGCUAUGCAAAUGCUGUUCUUCAGUGCUUGGCAUUUACCCGACCACUUACAGCGUACCUUUUGGAAGGACAUCAUUCACGAAAUUGUUCUAAAAAGGAAUGGUGUUUCAUGUGUGAGCUGGAAAAACUCAUUGUAGAGGGCAAGCGUGGAAAAUCUCCCAUAUCACCUACUGGAAUACUAUCUCAUCUACUUGAGAUAGGGCGUAGCUUUGGCCCAGGUAGAGAAGAAGAUGCUCAUGAAUUUCUCAGGUAUGCAAUUGAUACUAUGCAAUCUGCUAGCAUGAAGGAAGCCAAGGAAAAUGGUGUCCAUCGGUUAGCUGAAGAAACAACACUGGUGCAAUUAAUAUUCGGGGGCUAUCUGCACUCUAAGAUAAAAUGCACAAAGUGUCAGGUCAGUUCAGAACAACAUGAACGUAUUUUGGAUCUAACUGUUGAAAUAGAUGGGGAUAUCAGUACCCUUGAAGAUGCACUUCGUCGGUUUACAUCUUCAGAAGUUUUAGAUGGUGAUAAUAGAUACCAUUGUAGCAGAUGCAAUUCAUAUGAGCAUGCCAGAAAGAAGUUGAAAAUAUCAGAAGCUCCCAAUAUCCUUACUAUUGCAUUGAAAAGAUAUCAGUCUGGUAAGUUUGGCAAGAUCAACAAGGUUGUAAGGUUCAAGGAGUACUUGAAUUUGUCCAACUACAUGAGUGCAACGGAUGAUUAUGCCCCCAUGUACAAGCUGUAUGCUGUGGUUGUCCAUCAUGAUGUUAUGAAUGCAGACAUUUCUGGCCAUUAUGUAUGUUAUGUCAAGGACCCGCAAGGGAAGUGGCACGAGAUGGAUGAUAGCAAGGUGAAACCUGUUUCUCUGGAAAAGGUCCUGUCAAAAUGUGCGUACAUGCUGCUUUAUGCAAGGUGUUCACCUCGUGCCCCAAGCUCUGUAAGGAAAGCAAUGGUUGCUCAUGAUCCAUCGCGCUCUAAGAAACCCAGGCAGAAGACACAUUCAGAACCAACAUCUUUGGGAGGAGGCAGUUACUUGAGCAGGCACCAAGGUGGGCACUUGUGUAAGGAUCACAUAAUGCACGACCUUACAUACACAUUGGAUACAUCCAAUGAUUUGUCAUACCGAGUACCGGGCUUUAGUCGAAGCAACAGCUCCUCGCUGUUAAGCAACUCUGAUGCAGGGUCAACCAGCACUUUCAGCAGUGAUAGCACUGACAGCACAAGGAACUCGACCAGCAUGGAGUAUGACUACAUAUUUGGAAACUUGGAUCAAAUGUGCGCAGUAAGCACUGCGGUUAUACCCGAGGAAGAUGAGCUUAGCUACUCGCGACAGAGGUCGAGCUUGAACUCUAGCUCUUCAGGUCAAGAUGUGGACCAAGUAGGUGAGUUUGCGCGGCAGUACCAACACAAGCAUCAAGCUGGCAGAGGGAUUUGGGAACAGGGUGGGGAGAACUCAUCCUUCUCCUAUACUGACCAAGGUAAACAUCAGGGUAGCAGCAGUAGUCGUAGUCUUAGUCUUAGUGGUAGUUGUAAGUUAACAGAGCAGCGUAGGACGACAGGGGGGCUGACCAUGUCCCUAGAGAGGUUUACUUAGGUCAAUUAGGAAGAGGACUGCCCAAUCAUUGUAUUGAUAUAGGUGGCUUGGGGCUGUAGAGAAAAGAUUAGUAAUUUAUCAUGUAUGAUUAUAUACCAUUGCAAUUAAAAAGGGGGGCGGUUCAUAAGAGGUGGUGUGCAUCUUGCUUCGUGGGAUUAAUGGGUUGGUAUCUGGGGCAAAGUACUCUCACCUGUAAGGUCGGCCAAAAUUCAUUUAUUUUUUGCCAAAAAAGAUUUAAGAAAGAAGGGUGAGUAGUGUUCGACUUACUCU